AUGUACCGAGCGACUUCGUCUUUGUGCAAACUUCGUGCCCUAUCUGAAGAAGAUAAAUUCUCUCUUUGGUUUUCCACCAAAGCUGAGGCGAUGCAUCGUAUCCUGUUUGUUCACGAAGCUUACGAUGGAGACAACAUUUGGUCAUACCUGACUCUCACUUUGAUGCUCGUCCCGGCCUUGAUCAUGACUAGUUUCAGUUUGGUUUGGUAUUUUUUGGAUCAAAAAGUCCGAGUGGAUCCUCCUCGAACUUGUCGUGCAUGGACUCUCCGGUUAUUCUUCCAUGGUCUGCAACUUGCACCACUGGUAAGGUUGGCAGAUGCAGUUUACUACGGAAUAGCCAGUCGACAAGCCGACGUUAGCCUGGCCAUGGCGGUCCAUUAUACCCAACUCAUGCUCUACGAAGACGCAGAUUCAGCUAUGCUUCGUAUGAUCGAAUGUUUCAUGGAGGCUGCUCCGCAACUGCUUCUACAAUUGUACAUUAUUUUCACUCAAGAGAAACACAAACAGACCUUUCAGAUUAUGUGGCUGAUAGCCCGUGGAACCACCUUCUGCUCACCAGAACCUCACACCCUAACGGAAUUCCUGUUCGACACGGUACUCGGUGCCGUGUAUUGCUUUGAUGUGGUCAAUGUGCGCGAGGGUCAUAGCCGGCUGAGUUAUCUGAUUUGGUACUCGCUAAUCGGUCUGGAGAAUGCAUCCAUGACUUGGGUCUGGUCUUGGCUGUCGUUAUCCGCGACCUCCCGGUCCGCGACCACACCCAUUGUGCCUCAGUGGCUACUUCGAUCGAGCAAGUUAUCUCCGUGGAUUCAUGCACUCCCGGACUGGGUUCUACCGAUUUGUGUCGCUCUUUCGUUCCUGGCGGGCAUCGCUUUUAUGAUAGUAUACUAUUUGUACGGGCAUCCAUCGAGAAACAUCCAAGUGAGUUUGCAUAAUGCAUAUUGUAAACUUGAGUACAUGCGUGUAUAUGGUUGA